CAAUCUUGUUUUUUCUUUUCAGGUUUAUCAUCAGUAAAAAUGUCCAAAAAAAUCCAUGGUGGUUCUGUGGUAGAGAUGCAAGGAGAUGAAAUGACACGAAUCAUUUGGGAACUGAUUAAAGAAAAACUCAUUUUUCCUUAUGUGGAACUGGAUCUGCAUAGCUAUGACUUAGGCAUAGAGAAUCGGGAUGCCACCAAUGACCAGGUCACCAAGGACGCUGCAGAAGCCAUAAAGAAAUACAAUGUUGGUGUCAAGUGUGCCACCAUCACCCCUGACGAGAAGAGGGUUGAGGAAUUCAAGCUGAAACAGAUGUGGAAAUCACCAAAUGGCACCAUCCGAAACAUUCUGGGUGGCACUGUCUUCAGGGAAGCCAUUAUCUGUAAAAAUAUCCCCCGGCUUGUGACUGGAUGGGUAAAACCCAUCAUCAUCGGUCGUCAUGCCUAUGGGGAUCAAUAUAGAGCAACUGAUUUUGUUGUUCCUGGACCUGGUAAAGUAGAGAUAACCUACACACCAAGGGAUGGAGCCCAGAAGGUAACACACCUGGUGCAUAACUUUGAAGAGGGUGGUGGUGUCGCCAUGGGGAUGUACAAUCAAGAUAAGUCAAUUGAAGACUUUGCACACAGUUCCUUCCAAAUGGCUCUGUCUAAGGGUUGGCCUUUGUAUCUGAGCACCAAAAACACUAUUCUGAAAAAAUAUGAUGGACGCUUUAAAGACAUCUUUCAGGACAUAUAUGACAAGCAGUACAAAUCCCAAUUUGAGGCACAGAAGAUCUGGUAUGAGCACAGGCUCAUUGAUGAUAUGGUGGCCCAAGCUAUGAAGUCAGAGGGAGGCUUCAUCUGGGCCUGUAAAAACUAUGACGGUGAUGUACAGUCAGAUUCUGUGGCUCAAGGUUAUGGCUCCCUUGGCAUGAUGACCAGCGUGCUGAUUUGUCCAGAUGGCAAGACAGUAGAAGCAGAGGCUGCUCAUGGGACUGUAACACGCCACUACCGUAUGUACCAGAAGGGACAGGAGACAUCCACCAAUCCUAUUGCUUCCAUUUUUGCCUGGACCAGAGGGUUGGCCCACAGAGCAAAGCUUGAUAACAAUACUGAGCUUAGCUUCUUUGCAAAAGCUUUGGAAGAAGUCUGCGUUGAGACCAUUGAGGCUGGCUUCAUGACCAAGGACUUGGCUGCUUGCAUUAAAGGUUUACCCAAUGUGCAACGUUCUGACUACUUGAAUACAUUUGAGUUCAUGGACAAACUUGGAGAAAACUUGAAGAUAAAACUAGCUCAGGCCAAACUUUAAGGUCACACCUGGGCUUAGGAAGAUAAAUGUCUUUGGUAACUAGGUCCAUAGGUUUACAUUUUUUUUUGUAUGACACUCAAGGGUAUAAAAACAAAUCAAUUUUGUAAUUUGUUUAAAAGCGCAAGUUGAUCUUUUCUAUACGUUUAUAGUCUUUCUCUUACACAUGCAGUUAUUGCCACCUUUGUGAACAUGGCAGGGAACAUUUUUUAAAUUGUACUUUAUUUUCUACUAGCAGCCUAGGAUUCCUUUAGUAUUCAUUCCUAUUCAUUGUCACUUUCCUCAUGUUCUGAUAUAAAUGACCAAAAUCAAGAGACCUCAAAAGGUUGCCUUUUUUGAGUAAACUUUGGGGACAAUAGCCACAAUGCUGUUCCCUAAAAUACAUAUAAAUUAGAAAUUAACUCCCUUCCCUCCUGUCCCUGAGCACAGACACUGGAAGGUUUGGGUGUUACAGAUGUCCCAUUAUGUGAGGUAGAGAUCUAUGUCAAAUUCACACGUGAUUGGAACAAAGAGUAUGAGCAGAACUAAAAUGUGAAGACCCUGCAGUCAUUUUGUAAAACGCUUAUUGAAUGUGUCCAGUAUGCUGAAUAUUUUUGAGGCCACCAGGAAGUUCAGAAUCCAGAGUAACACUGACUGGAGGUAUGUCUCUUUCUGUUCCUGGCUUGGCCUGAGUAUUUUGCUGCCCUCAGUGGUGUAUUUCAUCCAUGUGCAAUAAUGUGAGCUGAACCAGUUUUGAACGUCUGCCAGCCUAUUUCCUUUCUUUUACAUAAAUGUGAGUUCUCAGAAGUUGAUAUUAAACACUAUUGUAGUCCUGUUGUUCAUAUGAUUUGUUAAUUUUAAUUAAAAGUACAUGCUAAUCACUCUU